AAACAGUUUAAAUCCUAUAUUUUUUCCAUAUACGCUCGCAAAUCUAGAAAAUAUUAGCGAUACCAUUUUGACCGAUCGAGACAGUAUUCUCUACAUACACGGAUUCUUGGAGAACUCGGAAAUGGAAAACGUGCAAACACCAAUUAAAUCCUAUUUAGAUAAGGGAACGUAAAUGUAAUAUUGCUUGAUUGGGGAAAUAUAGCAUUUAAUAUUAAUUACUUUCGCGUGUCAAAUAUGGUUCCUAUGAUAGGAAGACUCGUUGCUAAAUCCUUGACAGAACUUCACAAAGUGAUCGAUUUGAAUAGAUUACACGUGAUUGGACAUUCUUUGGGUGCUCACAUAGCUGCUCAUAUUGGACGAUCCAUGAAAAUUGUUCUUAAUCGAAUAACGGGAUUAGAUCCAGCAUUUCCACUCUUUUAUCCUUCUGAGUGUCAUCUCAGGUCGAGCGAUGCUAAAACCGUUGUAAUCCUUCACACUGAUGGUGGAUUUUAUGGGACACCUUUCAAUACAGGAACUGUUGAUUUUUAUGCAAACAAGGGGAUCAGUCCUCAACCGGGUUGCCCUCCAACUAUUGGAAGAGGUAUAUUCGCGAAGGAUUUGGAAAAAAUCGUCGGUGGUACCAAUGCUUCUCCCGGUCAAUUUCCUUAUCAAGUAUCACUUAGAAAAUCUGGACGUCAUUUUUGUGGUGGUACUUUGAUUACCGAACGACACGUUGUCACUGCUGCUCACUGUAUCCAUGGUAUUGUAUCUGCACCAUAUAAUGAUUUCACUGUUGUGACUGGUACAAUCAGUAAUAUAAAUGGAGGCCAAAGUCAUCGUGUUGCUAAAGCCACUGUCAAUCCCGAUUUUAAACCUAGCUCUUCUGAAUCUUACAGAAAUGACAUUGCUGUAGUUACGCUUACCGAUACAGUUAAAUCAAAUAUAUACCAAAAACCAAUUUCUCCAGCUUCUUCUGAUCCACUAGUUGGUACAACAUUAAUAAUAUCUGGUUGGGGACGUACCAGUACAAAUGGAAAUCUUCCUGAAAUUCUUCAAACAACAAAUGUUUAUCUUAUAAGUAAUGAAGAAUGUCAGAAACGCAUUCCAAAUUAUCAUAUCUACAAUGGACAAUUGUGUACUUUUAAAAGAAAAAAUGUUGGUAUCUGCAUGGGUGACAGUGGAGGUCCUCUUGUUUAUAAUGGUCAACUUAUAGGUAUCGCUUCCUGGGUCAUUCCAUGUGCUCAAGGAUAUCCUGAUGCUUAUACUCGUGUUACUCAAUAUAAAAGCUUUAUCAACCAAAUUGUAUCUAGCACGUAAAUUAAAUUAAAUAAUAAUUAAUGUAACAAUUUAGCUUUUUUUUACAUAAAUAAGAGAAUUUAUAUUAAUAUA